AGGACUGGAGACGCUCUAGCUGCAUGCAUGAAAACUGACACCCAUUGCAAAUUCAGGACAAUUUUCUAUGUACGUGUCUCUUUACAAACGCUUUUUGUCCUGAGUAUUUUUCUGCUGCUUUUUGAAUCCGAGUCGCACUUGACCGUGCGUUGCGAUGCUGUAAAGUAGGUUACAACUUUAAGAGUGGGAUGUUCCUCGUAGCAGAGAUAAGAAUGAGGAAACACUAGUAGCUGUGAAUGUAAGCACAGCUCAAAGCUCUAAAGUCUCUGGACACUCCAGUCCGUGUCCGAGUUCAUCCGUGGUCGACGAUAGCCGGUCACACGGGUGGGCCGAUGGCAGAUUCCGUAGCAGCAAACCCCACGCCAGCUAACAAGGGUGAUGGGAACCCAGAGUAUAUUGCCUUUGUUCUGGUGCCUGUCUUCUUCUUGCUGGGGCUUCUGGGAGUCCUUAUCUGCCACAUCCUGAAGAGGAAGGGCUACCGCUGUACAACCGAGGCAGAGGAGGAUGCGGAGCUGCAGAAAGAGGAGGAUGAAGAGGAGAAAGAUCCAGAAAAAGGAGAUCUGAAUGACACCUUCAGUGAAGGCAACACUGACACAGUGGGCCAAAUUGUUCACUACAUCAUGAAAAAUGAAGCCAACUCCGAUGCACUCAAAGCCAUGGUUCAGGACAGUAUAGAAUCGGAGGGUGGCCCUAUGACGCCCACCUCUCCAAACACACCCACCAGCCCAGAGAGCCCUGUGCUGCCAGGGUUGCCACCCAGCGAAGCCAAACACACCUGCAACCACCUGCACACCAUCGGAGGGGUCGGAGGACAUAAGAACAUCUGCAACCGCUGCAACCAGAAAAAAUGGCCUCUAAUGAGACGCUCAUCCAGCAAGAAACUGGACCGACGCAGUCACAUAGGAGAGGUCACAGUGCUGUCUGUAGGCAGAUUCCGGGUGACAAAGUGUGACCCCAAAACGGCCCGGGAUAGGCGGACGUUGUUGAUCACUGAGCCCAAUGGUAGUGUCCCCCCUUCACCUGCUACCGCUGGCCCAACUGAACGCAGCCCAGGCCCAAAGUCACAGGUGCAGGAGAAAGGAGACGUUGCAAAGUGACAUCUGUUUCAGCAGCUUCUCAGGUGACAUUUUAAAAAAGAUUUUAAUCUGGAAGUCACACUUCCAAAUAGGACUUAAGAGAGGGAAAACACUUUAAAAUAUGAUGAGAGAUGUGAUAAUGGAGGAAGAAAAGAGGAUGAUGGGUGCGAACCCUCUUUUCACAUGACACGUCAGUUGUGGAAAAGCAGCAGAAGCCAUUUUACAUACAUUAACCUGUCACCAUGCCAACCCACCUUUUUCAAACAUCCUUGCGUCAUUAUCAGUGGCGGAUGGCUUCAUUUGUGUUCGUUAAUGUCUAUGAGCGUGUCAAUGUUUAAUCCGACCUGGCGUCGUGGUCUGAGAUCUUCGCCAUGUGCCUCUUGGGGCUACUUCCAGGAAGUGGGAAGUUUGGUUAAUUUUCUUUUUUCUUUUUUUAUUGCAAGCUGUGAUAAACAUGGAAAAACAGAGCCAUGAAAUUUCUGGUUACAAUCCAGACUAAAUGUUUUUCUUAACCUGUUUUCAUCUUAAAAUGGACUGGGCUUGAUCUCUUCACUAAAUACACCUUUUCACCUUAGGUUUUUUUAAAGACUUAACUGGAAAGCAGUGAAAUUGCAUGUUUAAUAGAUUAAUUUAUCAACCUAGCACACCUCAACCGACUAGAAGUUUACUCUGGAUUGGUCUGGAACAGAGCACUGCGAUCAAUUCACCAGUCUCAACGGUUUAGAAAUGUUAAACAUUCUUAGUUUCAUGAUUUGGUAUAGCUUGCAUGUGUCCACAAAGGUCAGAAACUCUGUCUAGUCUAUAGCUUAUAUAUUAAUACAAUGUCUGGCGUAUACAAUAGAUAAGACUGUAUCCUUCACUAUAUUUAAUAUUAUUGUUAUCUGAAAAAAAAACAAAAAAGCAAUGUAUGGUACCUCAAAAAAAGUUAAAGUGUCCUUGCUUUAGUGCCAAGCUUAGGCAAAAAGGACCGAAAUAUAGAACUUUUAAGAAUUCCUGAGUAUUUUAACCAAAACAGACUUUCAAUAAAUAUACAGUUGUUGUUUUUUUAUGCAUUUUGCCUUUUAUUAAUAUUGUCAUUAUUGUGCCAUUGAUGUGUUUUUUUUUGUUUUUGUUUUUUGUUUUUUUAUUUUGCUCAAACACCAUGCAGGUGGACCUUAAGAUACCUAUAGGCUUUCUAGCUCAUUGCACAUGAGCUCAAAGUGCUGGAACGAGUUAGUUGCUCAUAGCCUUCCUCUUCAAAUUUUAGUUAAAGGUAUUCAUACUGAAAUAAUAUGAACCUUAUGUCUUAACGUGUACAGAAAUGGUCACCUCAAGUACCGUUAUUUCUGAAAUUGACAAGAAUUAAAGACAUGUAGAAGAUGUGUAAACAGAAGAAUGGCAGAAUGUGCUGUUUUAUUUUACUGAAAGUUUUGUACCCAGAAUUUAUACAUUAAAAAGAUUAAACAGA